CGCAGUUACCACCAAACCCUGGAGGAGACUCUCCCUGGAAAACUUCCCUUCGGUUUAUUUUCUUGAAAAGGCUCCAGGCUUCGGCUUGGAAAACCCAACCGCCAAAAUUGAGCCCAGCAGCUGGAGCGGCAGCGAGAGCCCUGCCGAAAACAUGGAAAGGAUGAGUGACUCCGCAGAUAAGCCAAUUGACAACGAUGCGGAAGGGGUCUGGAGUCCUGACAUUGAGCAGAGCUUUCAGGAAGCCUUGGCUAUCUAUCCACCCUGUGGGAGGAGGAAAAUCAUCUUAUCAGACGAAGGCAAGAUGUAUGGUAGGAAUGAAUUGAUAGCCAGAUACAUCAAACUCAGGACGGGGAAGACGAGAACCAGAAAACAGGUGUCUAGUCAUAUACAGGUCUUAGCAAGAAAGAAAGUUCGAGAAAUUCAAGCCGCCAUUAAGGUGUCUAGUCACAUUCAGGUUCUUGCCAGAAGGAAAUCUCGUGAUUUUCAUUCCAAGCUAAAGGUGACAAGCAUGGAUCAGACUGCCAAGGAUAAGGCCCUUCAGCACAUGGCCGCCAUGUCCUCAGCCCAGAUCGUCUCGGCCACUGCCAUUCACAACAAGCUGGGGCUGCCUGGGAUUCCACGCCCCACCUUCCCAGGGGCGCCGGGGUUCUGGCCGGGAAUGAUACAAACAGGGCAGCCAGGAUCCUCGCAAGAUGUCAAGCCCUUCGUGCAGCAGGCCUACCCCAUCCAGCCAGCGGUCACAGCCCCCAUUCCAGGGUUUGAGCCUACAUCAGCCCCAGCUCCCUCGGUCCCUGCCUGGCAGGGUCGCUCCAUUGGCACAACCAAACUUCGCCUGGUGGAAUUCUCCGCUUUCCUCGAACCACAGCGAGACCCAGACUCGUACAACAAACACCUCUUCGUGCACAUUGGGCAUGCCAACCAUUCUUACAGUGACCCAUUGCUCGAAUCAGUGGACAUUCGUCAGAUUUAUGACAAAUUUCCUGAAAAGAAAGGUGGCUUAAAGGAACUGUUUGGCAAGGGCCCUCAAAAUGCCUUCUUCCUCGUCAAAUUCUGGGCCGAUUUAAACUGCAAUAUUCAAGAUGAUGCCGGGGCUUUUUACUGUGUAACCAGUCAGUAUGAGAGUUCUGAAAACAUGACAGUCACCUGUUCCACCAAAGUUUGCUCCUUUGGGAAGCAAGUAGUAGAAAAAGUAGAGACGGAGUAUGCAAGGUUUGAGAAUGGCCGAUUUGUAUACCGAAUAAACCGCUCCCCGAUGUGUGAAUAUAUGAUCAACUUCAUCCACAAGCUCAAACACUUACCAGAGAAAUAUAUGAUGAAUAGUGUUUUGGAAAACUUCACAAUUUUAUUGGUGGUUACAAACAGGGAUACACAAGAAACUCUCCUCUGCAUGGCCUGUGUAUUUGAAGUUUCAAAUAGUGAACAUGGAGCACAGCACCACAUUUACAGGCUUGUAAAGGACUGAACAUGGUUAUUUAUAUAUAUGGAUACCUGUAUAUACACACACACACAUGUGCACACACACACACUCUCCAUUUUCGAACGACUGACUGUAAACCUCCCCGUGCAGGGGUGGUGCCCUGGCCCUGCGGUCACCCUACUUUUCUAAGUCCUGUUUGAGUGAAGUCAUUUUUCCAUGCGUUCAUACUAUCAUCGUAGCUGUGAAGUUCUGGUACAGUUGUAAAAAGAGAAAUCGAGUUGUUCCUGUGUCCCUCAGAUCUGCAGCCCACAGUUCCUCGGGAAAGGUGAACCCUAGAACCUGUCUCUGCCCACAGAGGCCUGUUUCUAAUGGUGGUAAAAAAAUAUUCAGACAGAGCAUUUGCCGUGGGACAUUUCUAGCCUUUAUACAAAUGUAUUUAGUUCUUUCUUUUUUUUCCAACAUAAAAUUCUUGUUUUAAGAUACAAGUAAAAUUAAUCUUUAAAUAUAAAUGUAAAUUUAGUAUACAACACUAAGAAUCUUUAGACUUAUCUUUGUAACUAAUUAGGGUGGAAGUUAUGAAAGAAUGUAAUUCACUAAAUUAUUUUUUAAAUGAAACUUUUAUUUCAUUUUGAAACCAAAUGUUAAAAUAAUAGCCUUAAGAAAUGCUUGGUAGAAAUAUCCUAAUGAGAAAAAUUUGUACUUUUUUCACAAGGUUAAAACUAAUCUCCUAAUCCAUUAAACGCUUGAACAGGUAUUACAAAGGAAGAAAACUUCACCCCUUAUCCUUAACAUAUAUAGUAUAUUUAAAAAUAUAAAAUUGUAUUGUUACUAAUGUGAUGAUUGAUUAUUUAAUGAAAAAGAAAAGAUGGCUCUUUUGCAAUAAGUAGAUAAAUACUGAAAAUCUAAACUUACAAUGUUUAUAGUCUUGUGUGUGCAGUUAUAUUUUAUAUGGACAACCAAAUUUUUUUAUUAAGAUGAGUAUUUGAACCACUGAAAUUUAAUAACAAAAAAUUUUAAUUGGCAUGAAUACUGCACUGUGAGCUACAAAGUAUAGAAAAUCCUGUGGCUGGGAAGAAAUUGCAUCAACCAAACAAGAAAAAGGCUCAUCAGUUUUAGCAUCUCUGCUCCCCCGAAAUUGGCAAGCAUCCUCACUAGCCUGUGGAUAAAUUGUUUAUUUCUGGUGAUCCAAUAGGCCUAUUAACCUGCUAUAACUAUAUGUAUAUGUAUGUGUUUGUGAAUACAUAUACAUAUAGAGCUAUUCAUCACGUAUUUAUUGCACACCUAGUUAGUGCCACUAAGUUUGCUAGGUGCUGAUAUGUAUGUAUAUUUCAAUCUGUCUCUAUAGACCUAGAUAUAUUCUCUAAGGACAUCCAUUUUCUUCUCUCUCAAUAAGUCACAGUUCUUGUUUGACCGAGGUUUAAGAGGCCCACCUUAUUUAUCUCUGACCUUUCAAACAGGCUCAAGUGAGAGGUUCUCUUCUCAUGAGAGAUUGAACUGAUCAACCCAGAUAUUCCAAAGCGUGGCCCAGGCAGACUUGGUGUGAUAUAGCCACAUGCAUCUCUUUCCACCGGGCUUCGCUGGUAAACACCCACAAGGACACACCCCCAACUUCCCAGAAGAAAGUGACAUUUCUGUAAAUGUUGGGAACAUGCUAACACAA